CCCACCUCCCUCUCCUUUUCUAUUUAGCUGCAGUUGCUGCUACUGCUGCUAUGUUUGAAGGCUACAGUGAAGGUUGGAGUAGCAAUGCCACAAAACCCAGGAUGUCCAAAUGCUGAAGACAAUAGCUUCCCCCAGAAUGUAAAAGUCAACCUGAGCAUCCUUAACCAGAGCAGAAAUUCCAGAAGGCCCUCAGACUACUACAACCGAUCUACCUCACCUUGGAAUCUGCACCGCAACGAGGAUCCUGAGAGAUACCCCUCUGUGAUCUGGGAGGCCAGGUGCCGCCACUUGGGCUGUGUCAAUGCUGAGGGGAAGGUGAACCCACACAUGAACUCUGUCCUCAUCCAACAAGAGAUCCUGGUCCUACGAAGGGAGUCCCAGCACUGCCCCAACUCCUUCCGGCUGGAGAAGAUGCUGGUGGCCGUUGGAUGUACCUGCGUCACCCCCAUGGUUCGCCAAAUUGCCUAA